AUGGAUUCGCUCAAGGAAAUCAGCAUCGCUCAAUUCGACGCUCCGCUCGAGCGGAUUGGCAUCGUUUCCGAGUCUGAACUCUUAACUGGCUUCCAGUUCUACUUCCCGCGCCACAUCCAAUUCCUUCAGCCUGGAACACCCAGUUGGAAUGAUAUUCUCCCUCGACUACCCCCCGAAUCCGUAGUUUGCCAAGCGCUGAUCAGCGAACGCAUUCUCCCCUUGCCUCGCGAUAUUCGAAGGGUUAUGGUGGAUAACUUUUGGAAUGGCCGCGAUGACCUGAGGGAUUCCAUCAUCAACGACAAGAGGAACGAACAUUGCUUGAUCCGCCCAUAUCUUGGCCGGCGCAGGGUGCAUGUAGGAACUGGGGCCGGCGAACGGCGAAGCAUGUUCAAGUCCAUCAGUCUUCGCAAUUAUCCACUCCAUAUUGACCAAAUGGAAGCGCUGGGCCUCCCUACACACGAAUACGCCAGCGCGAUGGCAGAUGCCCUUGCGUUUUUGCUCUGGGUCGCCAAGAUUGAUGCCUGCGAUGUCGAGUUUGUUCUCGCACGGCCCCGCGCGGUGGUCUGUGCUGAACCCUCCCGCCUGGGACGCGGCGCCUCACCCCGGGCGUGCUCGGCCCUCAUGCCUUGCGGAUUCUCGAUUUUGACUGCUGCGGGAAGCUUCCCAUGUCUCGUCAACGGUAUUCGACUUGCGGCAGAACGUUUUUGGCGCAACGACCCGUUCUAUCCCAACCCAGACGCCAAGUGCGAGGAGGAUAAAGCGCUUUGGGAAGAUUUAAAAACCGGUUUCUCGCCACGAGUCGAAAGGUGA